UCAGGGCCUGGCAGAAGGUGCGGGGAAGCAGCCGUGUUUAUCGGGCGCCCUCUGUGUGGCAUGCACUUUGUGACCCCCAGACCGGCCUGCAGGCCCUGCAUCUUCCCAGGUGACCAGGACGGCUUCAGGACAUGCACGGGCACAGCCGCAACGGGCAGGCCCACGUGCCCCGGCGGAAACGCCGCAACCGCUUCGUCAAGAAGAACGGCCAGUGCAACGUCUACUUCGCCAACCUGAGCAACAAGUCUCAGCGCUACAUGGCGGACAUCUUCACCACCUGCGUGGACACGCGCUGGCGCUACAUGCUCCUCAUCUUCUCCGCGGCCUUCCUCGUCUCCUGGCUCUUUUUUGGCCUGCUCUUCUGGUGCAUCGCCUUCUUCCACGGUGACCUGGAGCCCAGUCCGGCGCCCGCGACAGGGGGCCCGGGGGGCAGUGGCGGGGCGGCCCCGGCAGCCCCCAAGCCCUGCAUCAUGCACGUGAACGGCUUUCUGGGCGCCUUCCUGUUCUCGGUGGAGACGCAGACGACCAUCGGCUACGGGGUCCGGGGCGGGGCGGGGGGCUGUCUCAUCGCCGUGGUGGUCCAGUCCAUCGUGGGCUGCGUCAUCGACUCCUUCAUGAUCGGUACCAUCAUGGCCAAGAUGGCGCGGCCCAAGAAGCGGGCGCAGACGCUGCUGUUCAGCCACCACGCGGUCAUCUCGGUGCGGGACGGCAAGCUCUGCCUGAUGUGGCGCGUGGGCAACCUGCGCAAGAGCCACAUCGUGGAGGCGCACGUGCGGGCCCAGCUCAUCAAGCCCUACAUGACGCAGGAGGGCGAGUACCUGCCCCUGGACCAGCGGGACCUCAACGUGGGCUACGACAUCGGCCUGGACCGCAUCUUCCUGGUGUCGCCCAUCAUCAUCGUCCACGAGAUUGACGAGGACAGCCCGCUCUACGGCAUGGGCAAGGAGGAGCUGGAGUCGGAGGACUUCGAGAUCGUGGUCAUCCUCGAGGGCAUGGUGGAGGCCACAGCCAUGACCACCCAGGCCCGCAGCUCCUACCUGGCCAGCGAGAUCCUGUGGGGCCACCGCUUCGAGCCCGUGGUCUUCGAGGAGAAGAGCCACUACAAGGUGGACUACUCACGCUUCCACAAGACCUACGAGGUGGCCGGCACGCCCUGCUGCUCGGCGCGGGAGCUGCAGGAGAGCAAGAUCACGGUGCUGCCCGCCCCGCCGCCCCCGCCCAGUGCCUUCUGCUACGAGAACGAGCUGGCCCUCAUGAGCCAGGAGGAAGAGGAGAUGGAGGAGGAGGCUGCGGCUGGCGCCGUGGCCGCAGGCCUGGGCCUGGAGGCAGGCUCCAAGGAGGAGGCGGGCAUCAUCCGGAUGCUGGAGUUUGGCAGCCACCUCGACCUGGAGCGCAUGCAAGCCACACUCCCACUGGACAACAUCUCCUACCGUAGGGAAUCCGCCAUCUGACCUCCAGGCCCUGCCCGCCUCACUUCCAGAGCCUCUGCUUGGGGGCAGGGACAGGACACCCCUCCCUCACUCAGGACAGAGCUG